AUGAGCUUCAAAAUUCCCAUUUUAAACGAAAAUAAAAAUCUCAAUUUAAGCAACCUCAAUCUUACAAUGUCUGAUGAACUAGCCGAGGAUAGCAAGGGAAGCAGAACUUUUCACAUAGAGUUGUAUUCGACAUGGAACGAGUCUAGAUCUGAUAGAUGCUUUCACAUUCGACUAUCUUAG